AUGAUGCAUUCUUGAAACUUCUUGAAUUUUUCGCAAGAGCAAGACUUACAUCCGAUUGAUUUAAAAGCAAACCAUUAGAAAUUUUCAUCAGGGGAAAAUUAAUCACCUUCGUUGUGAGUUAAAAGUUUUUAACAUAAACUUUUUGGUAUAGAAUAUUUGAUUCGAUAUAUAAUUAAUAUUUUGAUAAAAAAUCUUCAGUUAAUUCUAAAUAUCUUGCAUUCUAAGCAUACCUAAAUUAGGUUUUUAAUUGCAAAACUUUACGAAUAAAAGGGCGAAAAAUUUUUAAAAAUAAAAUUUUAUAAAAAGCCAUUGGUCAGUGAGAAAAAUAAUCUUCCUAACAUGGAGGAGAGUUAAAUGAAAAUAUAAUAAAAGAAAUGGGGAUUUUAGAAAAAAUCCUUGAAAAGCCUGUCGAAAACCUUUUAAGAUCUAACAUACCUCCUCCUAAUAGAGAAGCUUUACUGCUCUUUAGAGAAUACUUAAAAUUUGCUAGUUGCUUAACAUGAUGUCAUACAGAUGGGACUCCUUGGUAAUUUAUAGCUAGAUCCAAAAUUAUUAAAACAUCUAUUAGGGCAGAAUUCGAGGCAGCUCGUGAAGAAAAAGACCCACUUAUCCAAGGCCAACUUAUUGUAUCUUGACGACAAGCUCUUGAUGAAUUAAAGCACAAAUAUAAUGAUGCUCAGCAUGCUUUUGUACAAAGAAUUCACGAUGGAAGAACAGAUAAUAAAAGAGAUAUAUAA